UAUGACCACUUAAUGUAAUAGAUAUUAUACUUGAGUACAGUUGCAAAUAUUUAAAACACUAAUUUGUAAUUAUUGAAACAAACGUUUAAAAAAGUAACAAUUAGUAGUCACUUUUUUUAAUCUGUUCUUUUUAAAGAUUUAAUAGAAUUCAUUAUUCUAUUUUUCACUUUGUAGUUUUAAAAUAUAUAUAAGAUCUUAUUCUAUAGAUUAAAUAUGGAUAUGGUAAAGAUACGUGAAGCUAAACGUGAAGAUUGCUUAGCUAUAAGAAACUUAAUCCAGGAGCUAGCUGAUUAUGAGAAUAUGCCUAAUGAACCAAAGAUCGAUUAUAAAAUUUUAGAACGAGAUGGAUUUGAUACGAAGAAUCCUCUAUUUUUUUGCUAUGUAGCAACAAUAGAUCAACAAAUAAUAGGCUAUGCAUUAGCAUAUUAUACUUAUUCAACAUGGAAUGGAAGAGCUAUGUAUUUGGAAGAUCUUUAUGUUACAUCUAAUCAACGAAAAAAACAUGUUGGCACUAAACUUGUUAAGACUAUUGCAAAAAAAGCCAUAGAUAGCGGUUGCUGUCGGUUAGAUUUCUCAGUGCUGAAGUGGAAUCCAGCACAAGAGUUUUAUAAGAGUUUGGGUGCUAUUAAUUUGACAGAAGAAACAGAAUGGCAUGCAUAUCGUUUAACGGGAUCAGCUCUGGAAACAUUAGCUACUAAUUAAGUAAAAAAUCUAUUAUAAAUAACAAUUAUACAAAUGGUAUGAAUAUUGUUUUAUAUUACAUAAACUUAUUAACAUACUUGAAGCUGUAUACAAUGUGAUAUUCAUUUGAUUUAUAACAUUGAUUAAAAAAAAAAAAUGUCUACAUUUGUUAAUCAGUAAUGAUAAAUAACAAUUAUAUAUUUUAUAAACAUAUGUGAUUUAAAUAAAAAAUAUUAUAUCUCUA